AUGUUAGCUAGGUCCAUGAUUACAGUCAGCAUCAUCCUUUCAGCGAAUCUCGCAUCGAUGAAGAACGCGAUGGAGCGACUAAAUAUGAUUCGGGAUGUACCAGUGGCGACUAUAUCAGGGCUGCCCACAACGCACGCGGCUCGUGAGAAGAGGAAGAAGCCGUUCGUGAUGCAGUACAGGAGCGCAUCGUGUCCCUGCCUCGGCGCGCGCUGGCCGCGCGAGGCGCUGCCCAUCCCGUGCCAGUACCUGCCGCGCACGCAGUCUGCGGUGCUGGGCGACGAGUCGGAGCACUGUCUGGGCCCGCACCGCGUCGUGCACAAUAACUGCCGGCCCUACUUCCGGCCCGCGCCGGCGCCGGCCGAGCAGGCUGUGCUGCCGGCCUCCGACUUAUUGCAGCAGUUUGGCAACGUGUGCGCCGCGGCCUGUGCGGCGCCGCCGUGCUCGUGCCCGGCUCCUUGCAACUGUGGCUGCUGUCUCCCCGCCCCUUGCAACACUCCCGCGCGCUGCGUCCAGUUUAUGACAGGUUACUAUUACUACCCCUACGGGUUCUGGUUCUGCGGUCCGUACCAUGUGACGGGUACUUGCGUCCCCGGCGGGCCUGUGUCCCCGGGUGGUCCAUGCGGGCCCUGCCCCCCUAACCCUGGCGGCCCGUGUGGUCCGUGUCCGUGUGGUCCGUGCUGCUGUGUACUCGACCCUAGCGCAAUAUUGUCUCCGACUAUGCUUAGCGAUAGCGACGCGACGUGUGGAUCCAUCCUCAGCGAGCUGGCGGGCUUAGACCUCACUAAGGUCAACUUACCCGAGUCUAUGAGUUGUUUGGCGUUGGGCUGCUUCCCUAUGUAUGCACCGUGCAAGCCAUGCCAACCAAGUGGGUCUCUAACAUUCCCAAUGGCUUGCGGCGCUUGUGGCCCGUGCGGCCCAUGUGCCCCUUGUUGCGGUGGAGUCGGCCCGUGUGGUCCUUGUGGUCCUGCUGGUCCAUUUGGGCCGUGUGGUCCUUGCUUCCCUGGCGUAGGAUGUUCUAGUGGUGGCUUUGGUGGAUGCGGCGCCUGUACUCCAUGUCGUAUGGGUGCAGGAUGUGGAUGCUGCGGCUGUGGUCCAUGUGGUGCUAUCUGUUGCGGCCCAUGCGGCGGUUGUGGUCCUUGUGGACCUUGUGGGCCAUGUGGGCCAUGUGGCCCAUGUUGUGGUCCGUGUGGUCCGUGUGGACCGUGCGGGCCGUGUUGUGGGCCAUGCGGGCCGUGUGGUGGAUGUGGCCCCUGUGCUUGCGGGCCAGGGUGCUGCGGGCCCCUUUGCACCCCAUGCGGUCCAUGUGGCCCAUGCAGUCCAUGUGGUCCAUGCGGCCCAUGUGGUCCCGCUUGUUUACCGUUUGGUGCGUGCUGCGGAAUUGGAUCUCCUCCUGCUCCUCCUUGCAUGCCAAGUCCUAAUCCUCCUUGCAUGCCUCCUUGCAUGCCAAAUCCUACUCCUCCUUGCAUGCCAAAUCCUGCUCCUCCUGCUGCUCCUCCUCCUUGCAUGCCGUGGUCGGGUCCUUGUAUCAAUUGCAAAUGUCCACCCUUCCCUGUGGCUGGGCCCGUCAAACCUGGUGGGCCAUGUGGGCCUGUAGCGGCGGCGGGUAGCGUGCCCAUACCAUGCAGUGUCAAUUCUGUGCCUGACAACAAGGACAACUCCGCUAAGACUACGUGCUUCUGCUCAACGCGCACUUCGCACACUGACGCCACAACUAACGCAGAAGCUGCAUCGAUGCCGAAGCAAGCGAUGCACAGAGGACUACCAGAGUCACGACCCGGCGUCAACCCAAACAUGAUCCGCCAAGACCCGUUGACCCAGGCAAAUAUGCUAAAUGCACGUGCAUACGCGCCGCUCGCGAACAAUGUGCAUAUGAAUUACCUGUCCACGAUGACCUCCAAAGCCCAAGACGGGCGUCUGGACUCACCUCUCGGCAAGUUUGACUUGCUAUCUAGACCGAAGAGCUUCUGUGCUGAUAUGUCGAACUCGGUCUAUGACAAAGUUCAUAUCCUGCAGAAGUUCAACGCUCAGCCCAAAGAAAUUCUUAAUAAUAAUAACAGUUUGAAGGAUUUCAAAUAUGUCCCUACUCUAAGCAGUUGUUUCUCCGGCUUGAAGGUACAGAGUUUACUCAAAGCUUCAAGUCAGAAACCGCCAUUAAGCGCAAGUGAGACUUGCAGAAAUGGCGUAAAGAGGCUAUGGGCCCCCAUCGUGAGCCGUACAGUACGAUAA